ACACUCUAGUAAUUCCACCCUCUUCCUGUUGUACAUAAAUCAGCUCUUGGUAGCUUAGUAACGAUGCGCAUAGCGUGUAAUAUAUGACACAGACGUUAAACUCAACUAUAUACAGCCUUUAUCAAAAAUCAUCAUCGUUUAGCGAUUCGUGUUUCAAUGUGUUAUACCUUUUUGCGGUGAUGUGAUCUCAUUAAUUUUCUGUCUCUUUUCUAAACAAACAUCUUCCUCUCUUCAGCUUGUAAUUUAUGUCUUAUGAAAUGUAUUUAUUGAUUAGCAAACCAUAAAUAGCUUGAUGUCUCGACCCCCUCGACCUUUUCUAAUUUCUUUUUCUAUAAGCAUUGAAUAUUCCAGUAAGUCUACAUCCUUUCUUUUGUGCACAAACCAGUUCUUAAAAUAAAUUUGCUACGUUGACUCCACCCGUUAUGCAGUGGUUUAUAUAUAACUGUGAUUAAUCAUCAUUAAUGCUUCCUGUCUUCCACACUGGUUCUACGUGAAAUUGGCAAAUUAAUAAUAAAUAUGUCAGAUCUGAAUACGGCGAUGUAUUUUUUUAUCAUCUUAAAUUUAAAUUUCGUUUGGGUUGUAAGCGAUAAGAAAAAUGCUACGUCGGAACAAUUAGUCGACCCAAACGAAAUGUACGAAUUGUUGUCUUGCAACUUCGGUGGUCACGCAGGCAAAAAGUUCAAAGAAGAUUUCGAGAGUUUACAAAAUUACAACACCACAAACAUCACUGGUGAAUGUCAAAUACCAGAGCUUUCAUGUCGUGGUUGUUGUUCCAAUGAUUGUAAAUCAUCUUACUGUCGAUGUGAUUCGUCAUGUUCUUUAUUUGGUGAUUGUUGUAAUGAUUAUGAAAGAUAUUGUGCAAAAGAAAAUCCUGUCGUUAGAAAUGUCUCUCUGGCUUCGUGUAUUCGUCAUGUGACGAAGAAAGACUUAGGAUAUAAUGAAUACUCGAAGUACUCGUUAAUAGUCAAUAAAUGUCCGUCAACAGAACAAAAACUUGUAAAAAAAUGUAUAACUGCAAAUGAUGUGGAUUUUAUUGUUAGCAAUCUUCGUCGAAUUAUUCCUGUUGUAAGUAAACAUAAUGUCACUUACAGAAAUGAAUUUUGUGCCAAAUGCAACGGUGUCCACGACUUUGAAUAUUACGGAUUUGACAUGAAGUGUAGCGUUGUGCCUCCUUCCUUUCGUUCACUUAAAGAUCUUGAAAAAUUUGCUUCAAGAUAUUGUUCAACGAAAGACGAUUUGAGGAUUUUUAGAAAGGAGAACCAGCCACUUCGUGACUGUCAGAAAUCUAGGAACGAAAUUUGCUCAACAUUAAGAUAUGACCCUGCUAAAUUUAUUCCCUGUGGUUACAGUUGCCGCCGCAAUGGAACAGGUAGUAUAUUUGAAAGAAGGUCAAGACAUUUUACAAGAAAAUUUACAGAUCGAUCAAGGCCAUACUCAGAUAUUUUAAGAUCUUUUAAACAAUUUACAGUUCGUCUGGAUUUGUCUCGUGGCGAAACUAUAGUUGAAGUGGAAAAAGCUAAUUGUGCAGGAUUUUAUGAUCCAUAUUUGGAAACUUGUCGUAAAGGAAAGCUCGUGACUUUCAGCGAUAAAGAAAAUUUAGAUAUAUAUGAUGUUGCUGUUUGGCUUGAUUACGGCGAACAUGAUAAAAACGUGAGUUUGUACGUUGAUGAUCUUAUAAUGAUUAACGGCAGUUCUGGCGUUGCAAAGAUUUUCCAACUUAAUGCUUCUCAUGUUCAUGACGUGGAGUAUGAGCGCGAUAGUUUAUUAUACGAUGAACGCAAGUACAGAGCUUUUAGUUUCCAACUCAAGCUGACUCCUGAACAAUCUUUAGGUUUUGCAAGAUAUAACACUUCUAAAAAAUCCAAUCUCUUUAAUUCGUCAUUCCGUGCGAAUAAGUCUAGUAUUUACACCAUUAAAAAACUUCUCUUUUUCACACAAGAUUUUAACGUGACAGUUACAGUUAGCAAAAAUUCACAUUAUUUAAAAGAAGGUACUACGUUUUUACUGACAGUAUUUAAGACAACCUCUCGUCGACUGGCGUGUAUUCGAAAGCAAUUCUAUUCUAAAGAUGCUUAUAAAACAAUUGAAAAUGGUGAAUUCUACAUUAUCAACGCGACAGGUAAAACAUAUCCAAAGACAGAGGUGUUUGUCGAACCUGACAACCAUACAAUUUCCGUGUGUGAAGAGAUUGUACACUCGACUUGUUAUGGAAGAAGAGUUAAUCUUUCUUCGGAAGAAUACGUGAAGUUUAAGAAUUUGAGUAUAUUUUAUAACCGAACACAAAAGAUAUAUGAUUUUGGUGAAUAUGAUAUAAGAAAUGGUGAAAUCUUUAUUUGUAUUUCUGAUGGUUUGCAAAAUAAAACCAGAACCAUUAAUUGGACUGCUGAUUCUUCAACCACCGUCGGAGAAUACUUAACUUUUUUUGGCCUUAUUAUUUCAAUGGUUUCGUUAUUUCUGGUUAUCAUCACUCAUUUUUUAUUUCCUGAACUACGUAAUCUACCUGGUAAGAACGUUAUGAAUUUAUCGAUAUCGCUCUUUCUUGUUCAGUUAUUUUGGCUGCUACCAGACAUGGACAAUCAUGACGUGUUGUGUCACGUGAUGGCUGCCCUGAAACAUUACUUAUUUCUCGUAUCAUUUGUCACCAUGGCAAUGAUUGCGUGGGACACUCUUAAGACAUUCGCCAGCAAAACGGUAGCAAAGAAGCGCUCAAAAAGUGAAGAAAACAAGAAAUUCUUUAAAUGUGCGGUAAUCACGUGGACUCUUCCUGCUUUAUUUGUAAUCAUAUGUGUUGUGUUGGAUCGCACUGACAGUUACGCUGUUUAUGUUAAUGAUUUGGUGUGUUGGUUUGAUAACGAACAUGCUCAAAAUUAUCUAUUCGUACUUCCAGUUGGCAUCCUUCUACUUUUCAACGUGGUAGUUUUUUCCCUCACUGUAUAUUAUAUACAACGUUCUAGUUCUGGUGCUUCUAUUAUUCACCAUGGGGAAGGACAUCGUCGAAAAAUGCUUUGGAUCUAUAUUAAAAUCUCAUCCUUAAUGGGUUUCAGUUGGUUAUUUGGUUUCCUCUACUUGGCCGUAGGUUCUCUUGCUUUCUCGUACCUGUUCGACAUCUUUGCUUCCUUACAAGGUGUUUAUAUCGCUGUCGCUUUUGUGAUGAAGAAAACUAUCUGGCAGAAGUAUAAACAACUUUUUGCACGAAGACGCACGACAUGUAGACGGACUUCGAUAAGCACCAGGGAAGCAAGACUUUGAGUAUGAAGUUGAAAAACUGUCGUUUUUUUUUUGAUUUUUGGAUUCGCCCAUGUGAAUAAAACUUUUAUCUAUCUUCUUAACAUUAAAUGACUGUGAUUCGUAGUGUACUAGUUAUUAGUUAUAUGCUCAUUUUUAUAUGAUCUUAUCAGCACAAUUAAAAGUCGGAAAUAAACGAUAGCAUUUUUAAAACUUUUAUUUGCAAACAUGUUUCGACUUAACUCUAACUGUAAGUCAUCUCAAGUGCGAAUGGAUAGAUGAAAUACUAUACUGUGUGGAAUAUACAAGAUAGACACAUGAUACAUUGAGGUAUUCUUCAGUGAAUAUAGUUGUAACCUUAACAAACAAGUCCAGCAUUUCAACAGAAUCUUUCAGCGAAAACUUCCUUCUUUUCUCGCUCACCUGCUACACACAUCCCGCAUCUGGUCAAUAAUCCAUAUUAAUUUGGAAAUAAUUCACCGAGUAUUACCUAAUAUUUCUAUCUUACAUAUUUCACACUGUAAUUAAUUGAACCAUAAUCCAUUUUAACUGCAGAUGGCUUAUAGCUAAGUCGAAACAUGUUUGCAAAUGAGAGUUUUAAAAAUACUGUCUUUAUUCAAAGUAUUUAAUUAUUUGAGUUCCUCGAAGUAAUAUCAAUAUAUCAAAAGUCACGAUUAAUGUAGUCAUUUUUUUAAUAAUUAAAGUUACAAUUUUUCUUCAUAUCUA